AUGGAUGCAGUCAAUCCGCAAUGCAAACAUUUGGCCUCCCCAGACUAUAAGAAUUUCAUCCUCUCCAUUUUGAUCGUCUUUGGAAUUCUCCUCUCCUACAUCCCCCAGCAUCAUCGCAUCAUCUCCUUCAAGAGCUCCUUCGGCAUCUCCCCGUACUUCGUUCUGCUCGGGACAACCUCCGGCUCAUCAGCCUUGGCGAAUGUGGUAUCGCAACAGCAAAGUUUACAGGAUGUGACCUGUUGCAAGGAUGUGAGCGGCCUCGCCUGCUUUGCAGGGCUUCUAGGCAUCUUCCAAGUUGGGACGCAGUGUCUCUGUUUCUUCAUCAUCCUUCUCCUAUUUGUCAUCUACUUCCCACGGAGUCCGGAACCGUCAACUCCUGUGACGCCAGAGCCCACGAACAAUGGCGGCCCAACGUACCGAACAGCUUUGGCCGUGAGUGUGGUGUGCGUCCUUCAUGCGAUAGUCAUGGUUAUUGUUACGAUCGCUAUUGGUCUCAAGCGACCAACUGCACUCCAAUCCUGGUCGAACUUUUGUGGCAUCCUGGCGGCUGUACUCUCCUCCAUCCAGUACUUCCCCCAAAUAUACACGACUCUGAAGCUCCGUUGUGUGGGCAGCCUGAGCAUCCCGAUGAUGUGCAUUCAGACUCCAGGCAGUCUGGUUUGGGCAGGAAGCCUGGCCGCCAGAUUGGGCAGCAAGGGUUGGAGCACAUGGGGCGUCUUGAUCGUGACGGCGUGUCUACAGGGCACUUUGCUGAUAUUAGGGAUCUUCUUUGAGUACCUUGGACCCAAUAAGGGCCACUCACACCACUUGGACAAGGAUGGUUGUCCCGAUGAACCGGUGGGUGUCGACGAGUCCCGGGACGGACAAGGCGUCCAGCCUUCCGAGGAAACACCGCUCCUCCAGAGCCAGUGA